UUCAUACUCAAACUCUUCUACAAAACUCCCCAAUUACGUGUAGAAUUUUUGUAGUACUCGUGUAAUACGUACGUCAUGGCGAGCAACUUGAUCGGGAAUGUAAAGUUGGGUUUGAUCAUAACAUUCCUCUGCACCGUGAUAGGUGGACGAGUGAUGACGGAGGCGGUCGUGACGUGCAACCAAGUGAUCUCCAACUUGAAUCCCUGUGUUCAGUUUGUGACUGGUGGAGGAGCCCCGUCGGGAAACUGCUGCUCCGGUGUGAGACAGCUCUUCGCACUGGCUCAGACGACACCGGACCGACAGGCGGUAUGUCGAUGCUUGAAAUCAGUGGUCAAUGGAGUUAGGUAUAGUGGUAAAAACGUUGCCAAUGCUGCGGCUCUUCCGAGCAAGUGCGGCGUCCAGCUUCCCUACGCUAUCGACCCCAAUGUCGACUGUAACACCAUUAAAAUGUGAGGAAAGUCAAGCAGCAACUCUAGUAGAUGGCGUCGUAUCGAUGGGAGAAUAAAAGAGGAUAUCUAGUUUUAUUUUGCAAUAUCAUCUACUUGAAAAGCCUUUGUACUUGGGUUUAUGGUAUUAGAAUUAGAAUUUAUAUCUAUAUAUUAAUUAAGUUUGUGUGGAAUUUAAUUUAUAUUAUGUGUUUGAAAUCAA